GGGUCAUAUCUUUCGGAAAUACAGUCAACUCGGAAACACGCAUAACUUUCCUGUGAGCGAACUGUGGUUCAAAAGAGCGAAAAAGGGGAGCACUAAUCUUACGAAGAAGGGCAACUGUGUGGCAGCACAUGAGUCUGAGUUCCUAAUUAGCUUGAUACAAAUGCGGAAGUUAUUUUAUUAGAUAGGUACUAGUUAGCAGGCAAAGAAACCGUCUUCCUAGUCCAAGCAAGGAAGUAGCCUACUCGUGACGUGAGUUGCAGGCAAGCUAGCUCGGCAAGUUUUUUUAAACUGCACCGUGCGAGCUCAUUCACUACUUCGGCUAAAUUGUUCUGAGAAGAUCAAAAGCUAAGCUACCGUUUAAUAAGCAUUUUGGAGAAAUGGCCAGCAGGGAAGACGAAUACGAUUACCUUUUCAAAGUGGUGCUGAUCGGAGACUCGGGCGUGGGGAAGAGUAACCUGCUGUCCCGUUUCACCCGGAACGAGUUCAACCUGGAGAGCAAGAGCACCAUCGGCGUGGAGUUCGCCACGCGGAGCAUCCAGGUGGAGGGCAAGACCGUGAAGGCCCAGAUCUGGGACACGGCCGGCCAGGAGCGCUACAGAGCCAUCACCUCCGCGUACUACCGGGGCGCGGUGGGGGCGCUGCUGGUGUACGACAUCGCCAAGCACCUGACCUACGAGAACGCGGAGCGCUGGCUGAAGGAGCUGCAGGACCACGCCGACCACAACAUCGUCAUCAUGCUGGUGGGCAACAAGAGCGACCUGCGCCACCUGAGGGCCGUGCCCCUCGACGAGGCCAAGGCCUUCGCAGAGAAACACGGGCUGUCCUUCCUGGAGACCUCCGCUCUGGACUCUUCCAACGUUGAGCUGGCCUUCCAGACCAUUCUCACAGCGAUAUACCACAUUAUGUCCCAGAGACAGAUGUCGGGCCGCAAUGACUCUGAUUUCUCGCCCAACUCCAACGUGGUUCCCAUCACGGUGCAGCCCACCCAGACGUCCAACAAACAGAGCUCCUGUUGCCAGGGCAACUGAGCCCGGAAGAGGGGAGGGGCCUAGGGCACAGGGGUGGGGCCAGGGGAGGGAAAGUGUCUGGGUAGGGGGUGUGUUUCUGUGUUUGAAACCACAUACAUGGCAUACUACCUGUACUACAUUUAAUUGAAAAUCAGCCUUAAAUUUAGUACAGGUAGUAUGCGGUCUUGUGUGCGUCGUUGGAGAAUCAAAACGGUCAGACACGCCACUGUUACCGUCACGCAAAUCCAGGAGGGGCCUUCUGAUUGGUUGUUUUCGUGCACUAAUGAAACCCUGGUAUUUAUUGGUUAUAGCGGGCAGUGCGCUUUCGCCUGCUCCGUCAGGUGGUGUAAAGACUUCCCAAAACCUUGUUUCAUAACAAGACCGUAAAGUGAUAAGUGAUUAGAAUUAUUGUUAUCAUUCUGUUGGACACACGCCUGUCUGUCAGAGUAACCUCCGACCCAGUUGUGGCAAAGAUUGUCACCGGCUCAAAAUCCAAAUGUAUUUAUUUUUUAAUCCUACAACCCCAAAUUUAAAAUGAGCGGAAACUGUAAGAGUGUGUUCUUGCCCAUAGAUGUCAGUGAGGAAAAAUAUUUUUGAAGGGAUCACUUUUUUUUUCUUCUUUUUUUUUUCUCUUUGUUCUAAACUUUCUAAACUUUGUGUUGUGUAUCUUACUAAUGAUCUAGAUUGAAAUUAGAAUUACGAAUCAGGAGAGUGGACGAAUGAAAUUGAAUGUUUAGCGUAGUGCCGGUGGGAAAUUGUUACAGUGUUGGAGUGGACUAUGCAAUCACAGGUCAGCAUUUCCCCAAAGAAAGUCCAGCGUACUGUACCCCCACCCCCUCACCCUGGGCCCCUUAUAGCACACUCUCAGGUCGUCAGACAGAGGGGAGUGGGUCCAUUCCAAACCUCUCCUUCCUGCCUCCACCCCCCCCCAAUCACUGCUCAGCAAUUCUCAAAUGAUGCAAAGCAUUCUGGGUAUCCUGAGAGGUUUCGCUUUCUGAAAGUAGUUUCAGAAGUUUUGCUCAGCAACCCCCUCCCCUCACGAACAUGCACACACACACACACGCGCUCUCACGACGCGCAUGCACGCUCUCUCACACACACACACACACACACACACACAAGCACACACACACACACACACACGUGCAUGGGUUCUCCCUUGCACUGUUUUCUUUGAAUCAUUCCUUUAUGUAUUUAAUGCUGUUUGAAUGUAACUGAUUUCCACACACGCCUUCCAGAAUAGAUUUGCAGAUUUCAGAUGAGGGGUGUUAUUUGCUGUGGGUUGUUUUUGUGCUGCUUCCAUUAUUGUGUGUGUGUGUGUGUGUGUGAGAGAGAGAGAGAGAUCUUCUCGCUCCGAGAAGCCUAAUGCCUUACUUCACGUUUGGAAUCGAAGCUCUGCUCCGGUCUAAUCGGUGGAGAGUCUCAGUCAGGACUGUGAUUAUUUUUUUUUCUUCCUGAUGAUUCAGGAUGUACUGCUCUUACAGACCCUAAGCGGCCAAUCAGAGGCAGGCGGACUCGGGAGUGCCGCGCACGCACACCGCGGGUGGAAGAAGAACGCGUUCAGACACCCAAGCCCAACGCUUAGGGUUUGAAGAUCAGUAUUUCCGCUGUUUUCCUUGCUCUCCCGUAGACACUACCGUGACGCCAUUGCCCAGACCUGCUCCCCUCCCCCCCCCCCCUCAACCUGUACCGAUUCAAUCGUCUGGCGGUCGUACGGUUUUAAAUGCCGUAAUUCUGUGCGAGACCUCCAGGAGGCCUGAGAGUGUAGUCCAUGGAAAGACGUGUAUUUAUGAGGUGUGCCACGACGGCUUUCAGUCAGGGGUGCCAACCACCGGUCCCGGAGGGGCCUCGGUGUCUGCAGGUUUUAGCGGUUUGCGAUUAAUUGGCAUCGAUUUGAGGUAUUUUUUUUGGCAAAGUGUGCGGUGGGCUCUUUAGCCGGUUAAUCGCGUGAGCGCUGAAACGUACCGCAAACCCUGCCGCUCUGGAGUCCGACACCGUGCAGCCCCCAUCCUUAAAACAGAAAACAAAGACAAACAGGAAGUCGGGGUAGUGAAAUGAAACCGGGGGGGAAGUGGUGGAAUUGCGUGCUGUUCCGCUCAUUUUAAACCGCUUUAAACCGAAAGUCACUUGAUUCUGAGGGUGUCGGGGGAAAGGCCUAGUUUCUGUUGUCACCUGAGCAAUAACCACUAAAACUGAGCUGGGCAUUUAUCACAUUUUUUAUGAAUCCUAUCCCAGGAAUGGAUACUGUACUCCAAAAAAAUAAAAAUAAAAAUAGCAUACCGUUUUUAGCCAUUCCAGGUCAUACUAAUAAGUCUUACUAGCCUGUUGCAGGCUACGGUUUAUAACACUAGUGUGCUCCUGGUAAGACCUGGACUGGCUCCCUGUAGUCCGGAGGUCACAAACUCCAGACCUGCGGAGGGUUGCCCUGUCAAAGUUGUGACGCCUUAACAAAUCACUGAUGUCAAGAACUUUAAGAGCAACAAACUUCAAGUGCUGAAAGCACCAAUGAACGGCGGACACCAUGGGACCCUCCAGGACUGGAGUUUGAGAGCUCUGCUGUACCACAGUUGACGCCUCCGAGCUCCGAGCCCUAGACCCAAACCCCUAGCCCCCCAUACUCCUCAGGCCCCCACAGGGUCUGCUGGUUUUCUGCUGUCCCACAGUAGUGAGUAGAUCCAUUAAAGCAGUUGCUUGUGGUCAACUCCCUUCACAUUUGUGUGUGUGUGUGUGUGUAGGGGUAGGGUCUGAAUUGGUUUACAGAUUGUAUUUUCUUUUUUGUGAAGACAAAAACCAGCAGACCCCCCACCCCCCAUUGUCUACAUUUUAAACUCAGAACACAGAAUGCGUACCAGAGGGAUUUUUAAAGCGAGGGGUUUUUAUUGUGAAUGUUCCUGUAUAUGUAUAUGUGGCUUCAAAUGUGUACAUAUAUUAUAUAAAAAUAUAUAAUAAAAGCAUUUGUUAAAUAAA